AUAUUUAUAAUUUAUCGAACUAAUCUCUAAUCAGAUUGCAUGCUAAUUGUCUGUGUUCUAAGAUAUCUAUUCAUUAAAUUUAUUGAAAAUUUGUUUAAUUCUGAAAAAAAAUGAAAAAUUAUUUUAUAGAUAGCCAUCGAUAUAACCAUUUCAAGGAUAAAAAAUAUUUCAUUUUUGUUGUUUGUUAAUAUUUCCCAAUCAGUACAACACUGAUAGAAAUAUUGAUAUAUUUACAGUUUCCACAGAGCAUCUCAAAUCUCUUUAAUAAUAUCCAAUGUUCGGUACGUAACACGCGCUUCCUGUGAUCGAUACGGUAACACCUCCCAGCAACAGGACAUCACCGCAAGUCGUUAUAAUCGACCUAGACAUUAUUUCAUGAAAUCGUUUUCUUUAAUUUUUAAGUGCAUUUUUUAAUUAGGAUUAUCAUCUUUCGCUAGCACCGAUUCGAAUUUUAAAAGAAAAAAAUGAAAGAAAGAAAAAAAAAAAGAAAAAAUUAUGCAAUCUGUGCGGUGCAUGUGCAGCUAAUUGCACCGCGAUACGUUAAGUCUGGCAGUACAGCAACGCUCUACUGUAAUCACAGUGUUCCAGAAGAUGAAUUAUAUAAAAUAGAAUUCAUAAAGGAUGACGAAAAAAUAUUUCAAUAUAUAAAAGAGAGAAAUCCACCGUUCGUUAUACCGGGGAUCAAUGGUGUAUUUAUGGAGUACUCGGAAAAUGGCACGACAAUCAAACUAAGGAACGUUAGUUUUUUGGCGUCUGGUGUAUAUUCCUGUGCAGUUUCUAUGUCAACUCCUAUUUAUACGAAGCCUUCCGAUAAUGUACAAAUGAAAGUGAUAGUACCACAGACUGAGAAUCCGAAAAUUACAUUUGAAAAGAGCGUUUAUAUGGUCGGUGAAAAUUUAGAAGCAAACUGUUCGUCCUCAGCGGCGUCACCUGUUCCUCAUUUGACUUGGUUCAUAAACGGAAAAGAGGUGGAUGUCACAUUGGUACAUCACUAUCCUCAUACUCAGCAUAAGGAUCUAUUAUCUGCAACUGCUAAAUUAAUGAUAGAAGUGUCUGCAUUACAUGCUGGAGAUAAUGGAUAUUUGGAUAUUAGUUGCCAUUCUACUAUACCAGACUAUCCUAUGAAUCAUGAGGAGUAUGCUGAUGUUAAAAAGAAGACAGUAUCAAUUCAAAUUACACUAGCAUCAAUACCUUCAUCUUUUGCAGUGAGGAGCAUGCACGAAUUAAUAUUGGUGACAAUAUCGUGCAUAAUUUGUGCAAAGCGCACAUUAAUUUCUUAAUACAAGUCAAUUUAUAUUUAAUAAAACUGUAAAAAUAAUAUGCGUAAGUAAAGCAAAAAAAGAAAAAGAAAAAAAAAGAAAAAAAAAAGAAUAUACGAACGAACAAUCACGUUGUCUUCCUUGAUUAUACAGAAAUGCAGGGUGCAAUGAUCGUAUUAUGUUGCGAAGCUAUCAUUCAUAGACACGGUUUUCUCGUGCAGCUAUUUUUUACUAAUGCUUGAAAUUUUAUGAACUUCAUAAGUGAUUUAUCUCUAUAUAAACGUGUUUUUAGAUUAGAAAUAUUAACUCCUUUGUGUGUAUAAGGCUAAACAUACAAUUGAUGUUUCUACAGUCAAUAUUAAGGAGAACAGUACAGUGAUCCACGCAAAUAAAGAUUCCGCAGAAAGCUAAACAUUUGAAAAGAUCAAAAAACUAAAAAAAGAAAAAAAAAAGAAAAGAAAGGAAACAAAAUAAUAAAUGUACUUUAUUAAAGUAGUAUGUAUAUAAUGUUUAUUGAUGGAAUGUUUUAUCAUUUAUUUUCAAGGAUGUGUUUAUUUAGAAAAUAAUUCGAAUAUGUAUACAAGAAUUCCUUAAGGAUAUAACAAUUCUUAUAAUUUAUAUUCCUUGCAAUCAAAGUAUGGUGUUGUGUAAAUGUUUUAUUUAAUAAACUAUAUAUUAUAUUUGGAUGAAAAGGAUAAGUAUCAAGAAAAAUGUGCAAACGUUUAGGAAAUGACAUCGGUUGAUGUAUGAAAUGGUGUUAUAUAAAUUAUUGAAAAAUUCUA